CUUCCAGAGUGCACCGGAUACAAGGUGCCAAUCACCUGAGCAAUUGAAAACCUUAUGCGACAAGGAUGGAUGCAAUAACUUAAGGCACAAAUGGCCAUCUCACUCUCACACGCACUUGAGCAAGCCAAAAGGCGGAGUACGAGCAACAAGGCUGAACAAGUCGCUCAGCCAUGGACAUUCGCAAAGCAGGGCUCAGAAAACAUCUAUGCACCGACACAAGCUUCGUACAACAAAGCUCCUCACGAUGCACAGGCGCAGGAUUACUGGAAUCAAGCUUCGGCACCUCUAGAACCACAGAAAUACUGCAACGAGCAAGCACAAUAUCCGCAAGCCCCAAUCACGCCAAUCGAACCCGAUCCUCUCCCACCACACUCGAACCCUCACUCCCUAUCACAAACUCAAAGCAACGCUUUCCAGAGCUCGAGCUCAAUCCCACCACUCCGUCUCACGCAAGACGCCCUCUGCGAUGCCCAGACAGGCUCCAUCCUCUACACUCUCACCCGCGAAUCCAGCCCUCACAUUCCCUCUUUCCUCUCCAGCAGACCAAUCCUACAAAUUCGCACGUCAACUGCCCAACCCAUAGCGCACGUCCGCUUCCACCACGGCAUCAUAACCUCCUCUAUCGAUCUCACCAUCCGCGGCCGACCUACGACUCUUACCCAUUCUAGUGGUCUCAUCCACGACAGAUGGAACUUUGAGUCCACGAUUCCUGUGACUGACAACACGAUUCGAAACCGACAGCAAAAGAAGACAACUUAUUUUUGGAGUCAAGAUAAAGUUUCUGGAGGGGCGAAAGUGGAGGAUAAGAAGAAACAUGGAAGAGUGGUGGCCAGGAUUGUUGGGGAUUUGUUGGUGUUUGAGGGUUCAAGGCUGGGGAGAGAGGAGGGAUGGAAGGAGAUCAUGGUUAGUGCCGUGGCUUUGGUUGAGGCUGUGAGGAGGUAUGGGAGGGUUGUGGGGACGCAAGAUUUGGGGAUUGUGGUUGGUGAGUUUGUGGGGUGAGGGGACACUUUGGCUCGUGUACGGAACAGUGUCUUCUUCUAGCGAAUGUGCCAAUCUACAUUAUGUGAGGUCUCCACUUCAUUUUGUAUCCGUUCUUCGACAGCCAGCCGACUUAGUACAGAAGCAUCGCAGGCGAACAGCCGGGCCCGAAAACAAUUGCCGCUUAGCAG